UGGCCGAGGACUUUGACACUGCAACAGCCAGUGGCAAGUUGCAGCUGACCAUGGUCCUGGCCUUCUCCGAGUGGUGGCGGAACUCCAUCAGGGAACGGUCCAUCGCCGGUCAGCACAAGGCAAAGGAAGAGGGACGGUUCCCCGGGCGGCCAACCGUCCUGACCGAGCGGCAGAAGGAGUAUGUCCGGGAGGAACUGGCCAAGGGGGUUAGCCAGCGGGAGCUGGCCAGGCUCCUGGAGGUGAGCCGGUGGAAGAUCCAGCAGGUGGCCGAGGGGGCGUCAGGGCUCGCAGUCUGA